GCAGGAGUAUCACAGAGGCGGGAGUCGCGCGCUUCGUCAGUGCUGAGGAAAGAGUUUGUUGAAGGAGUAGUUUUAACUCGCUCUCGUUCGGUUGAGAAGUUUUUAGAUUUCUUUUUACUCGAAUCUACAUCUUGUUCGGUCAGGCAAAGUAUUUUUGGGCUUUGGCUGUUGGAUUAAAUCUGUACCGUGUUAUGUUUACACUUUGGAAACGUAUACUCUUGGUCGGGUUUUGUGAUUUGAGUGAUUUUCACCUUUGAAAGCAACGAAUGAAAUUGGAGAAGAACAGUUUGCAGUCUGGUAUGUUUAACCCGACUUAAGUACUGGUAAACAAGACGUUUUAAAACACUUAUUCUGGGACUGUUUGUGUUCACUUGGUUCCCGUUGCAAACAUGGAUAAAUACGAUGAUUUGGGUCUUGAGGCGAGUAAAUUUAUUGAGGACUUAAACAUGUACGAAGCGUCGAGGGACGGCUUGUUUCGCGUGAGGAGAGAUGCGGAAAAUAACCCAGACUUCGAGGAAACCAGGAAAGUUUUUGCCUCUAAAAUGGCUAAAAUACAUAUGCAAAAGCAGCAAGAGGAGAUGGCAAAGAAUAGUUUGGCAGCAAGGAUAAAUGGAAGUCAUGCGAAAGUGUCGGAAAACACCAAAGACAGACCACCCAUCAGUAACGUUAGUUUUAGACAGGGCAUUAUCUCUGAAGCAGCAGCCAAACCACCCAUCAUGUCUGGACCCAUGACUGUCAAUGCCAGUGUGAAUCCAUACAUCUUUCAUGAAGGACAGAAACAUCAUCCGGUCAGUCUACAUGAUGGAGCUAGCACGAGGGGUUUUGUGAACAGUUCAGAGACUAAGGAGACUGGAAAUGCUUAUAACCCAAUACCAGUUCCAGCUCGGGCAGCCUCUACCAGCCCUCCUAGCACAUGGAAGGCUGCUAACAUCUCUCAGACUCCAUCGUCCCCUCCUGCCAGCAGUUCAUGCUCUGCUGGUUCCCCUGGAGUGACUCUGAAUCCUCAAUCCUUUGCCAAAUCUGGAAAGUCUCUUUCCCAGUCACCCACGGGAACCUACAGGGCUCCAGGAGACGCACAAAAUCAGCCUCAACAAACCAGCCCUGGUCAUUGCCAGCCCGUCUUUCAUCAGUGGUCUGCCAGUGGACCGACUCAGAAUGGGGUACCCCAUAUCACAGGCAUGUCAACACCCUCACCUGCCCAGGUGACCCCACCUUCGCUGUUCCUAGCUGGAAAGCAAGCUGAGACAGCCCAACCCAAGAGCAUAACUCCCUCAUCAUCUGUUCCUGUAGUGUCUGCCCUUGAUGACUGCUCUAGCCCCUCUCGGGCACUCAAACUGCCAUGCCAGAGCCUCCAUGUACAGGCAGAUCAGGGGCCAUCUGUGGCUGAAAUAAAAUUAGAAGCUCUGACUGAACGCCUGGAAAAGGAGAUGGACGUUCUGCCAAAUGCUGAGCACUUUGGCAGUUGUGUGAGGUGUAAUAAAGCUGUUUAUGGGGCCAAUCAAGCAUGUCAGGCCAUGGGCAGCUUGUACCAUGACAGUUGCUUCACCUGUAGUGCUUGCAGUCGAAAGCUGCGUGGAAAAGCUUUUUACUAUGUAUGUGGAAAAGUGUUUUGUGAAGAGGACUUCCUGUAUUCUGGGUUCCAGCAGUCUGCUGAUAAAUGUAACGUGUGUGGACAUUUAAUCAUGGAUAUGAUCCUUCAGGCACUGGGGAAGUCUUACCACCCAGGCUGCUUCCGCUGCGCCAUCUGUAAUGAGAGUUUGGAUGGAGUGCCUUUUACUGUAGACACAGAGAACAAGAUCUACUGUGUGAAAGACUACCACAGAGUUCUUGCACCGAAAUGUGCAGCCUGUAAUCAGCCAAUUCUGCCCUCUGAGGGAUCAGAUGAAACCAUUAGAGUUGUCUCAAUGGACAAGGACUAUCACGUGGAGUGCUAUCAUUGUGAGGACUGUCAUAUGGAGUUGAAUGAUGAGGAGGGUCACCGCUGCUAUCCUCUGGAUGGACACUUGCUCUGUCACGAGUGUCACCUUAAACAUGUGAAGCCUGUUUCCCCUCAGUCUGCAGCGAACAACUACCACAGUCAGUUUUAAAGAUAUGACGCCCCCUUGUGGCUAUUCAGAGAUCAUCACUGCAUCAUUACCAGAGUUACUUGAUUACAUUACCAAACAUUUUAGAUAAAAAUGUGCACGUAUGAGAUUAUUUAUGUUGUUGCAUUUACAGUUCUCUGUUUAUAACAUUGUUAUUUUAUUCAUUUUGUUGUAGACUGGUUUCAUAUGGAAAUCAGUUUAUACAAAGCUGUAUGAAAUGCAUUAGGUUUACAAUGAGUCAUAAAAAAAAGAAGAGUACUUAUCUAAAUUUCUGCUUGAAUUGUAUGUAGGUAUGCGUUUUAGUCACAUUUAGCACUUGCCAAAUGUUAUUUUUCACUCUGCUUACAAGUCAUAUCUAUUUAAAAUUUUAAUUUCCUUUAAAGUCUUUUAUUCUUUUUUUCCCCACUGCUUUUAUAUAUAUUAUAUUGUAAUAUAUUUUCAAUGCUAGAAAAUAGUUGUUUAGCAGGUUUAAUCAAUGAAUUCUGUAAAAACAUUUUUUCACAUAACACCAAAGAAAAGUAUUAAGGCCUAAUAUAACUUCAACAUGUCUCACAUAUUUUUACAAUGUUAGAGAUCUAGUAAAUUAUUUAUUUACCUUUUGUUUCUCAAGAUGAGGUUUUUACAGAUGAGGCAGUUGUUUUGUUUGACUUACUGGCAUUCUCAUGUCUUUCAGUAUUAGAUAUUUAUCCAUCUACUUUUAUUAAAAAAGGAGGAUGGGAGAGAUUGUUUUUCAUUUUGUGGAAAGAUUUCUUUAAACUGAAAAUAUUAAAUUGAAAAUCUUUCCUCUUUCUAUACUGGCGAUUAAAUAUCUAGCUUGAAUGUGAGGUGCUGUGUACUCUCUGUUGUCUGACAUUUGAGUCGAUUCGGAACAUCUCAUCAAGUUUGUUCUUAUAGCAUACAAUAAGGAUAUUAUAUAUUGGAAGCAUCAGAUUUACUAUUUGUACAUGCAAAUAAAAAGUGAAAACC